AUGAAGUUCUUCACCAUCGCUACCGCGGUCCUCCCCGUGGCCAUGGCCGCCGUCUACCGGGCAGCCCCCGUCGAAGCCAGGGAUAUCUCCCUGACAGUCGACGCUUCCGAUGCCUUCGACGUUCUCACUGAUCUCAUCAAGACUGGCGAGAUCCAGAUCCUCGGCCCAGCGGAUGAACAUGACAAGCGCGAGAUUGCUCAGCGCUCUGAUGUUCCUGGUCUGCACUGUGGCUAUGCGCGGGCUCUUCGCUGCGUCGGAGCCACUGCCGGUACCUUGAACUCUUGCUUCUGGGCUGCUAUCUCUCGUGGUGCAGACAUUAAGGACGACGCCAGCUGUUUGGCCGCCGCUACUGCUCUGAGGUCCAACUUGCCAAACGACUGCAAGCUGUGCCUUGGCAUCGCGUAG